AUGCUAUUUCAGGAUGUUUUCACUGCUGGGAGUGAUACAUCUUCCACAACUCUAGAAUGGGCACUGUCAGAUAUGCUGAAAAAUCCCAGAGUCCUGGAGAAGGCACAGGCAGAGGUGAGGAGCGUCUUCCAAACAAAAGGAACAGUCGAUGAAGGAGGCCUUCAUGAACUGAAAUAUCUAAAGGCAGCCAUCAAAGAAUCCAUGAGACUCCAUCCUGCAGCUCCACUGUUACUUCCCAGGGAAUGCAGAAAAAGCUGUGAGAUUUUCGGACACCAGAUUCCUGUAAAAACCAUAGUCCUGGUAAAUGCUUGGGCAAUAGGGAGGGACCCUGGCCAUUGGAGCCAGCCCGAGGAGUAUAUUCCUGAGAGGUUUCUUGAGAGCUCAUUGGAUUACAAGGGGGCCAAUUUUGAGUUCAUCCCAUUUGGAGCUGGAAGAAGAAUCUGUCCUGGAAUUAUAAUGGGUGUUGCCAAUGUGGAGCUCCCACUAGCUCAGCUGCUGUAUCAUUUUGAUUGGAAGCUUCCCAAUGGAGGAAAGCUGGAAGAUCUUGACAUGAGGGUUUUGGGCUUACUUUGA